GGAGAAGAAGAAGAUUAGGAAAUUGCGAGGAAAGAAGCCAGAGGAACGAGUGGCUCUUCUCCAUCUAUCCUGCUGCUAUCCUAGACGUGACUGACUGGCUGGGGCAGUGAGUGAGUGAGUAAGUGAGUGAGUGAGUGUGUGAGUCAGUCGGUGAGUGUGAGAGAGAGAGUGUGUCUCUUUCUCUUUUUUUCUUCCUUCGUUGUAAGAGAAGUCCCACUUCCUCCAAUGGUUGCCUUCAGCUUGGUGUUGAAUUUUAAGAUCCAGUAGGCUCUCUUCACACCUGGUCCAAUUUAAGGCUUCCUUACAAGUCAGCAGAUUGAUUCCCUCUUUUUCCGGUGGGAUUCUUGUCUUCCAAUUCCGGUGUCGUUCGGUCGUUUGUUCGUUCGUUCCGUGUUUGCCGUGCAUCGCAAACUUUUUCAUUUUCAACGUUCAGUGAAUUGAGUUCAUCCGAAAGUGGUGACUUGGUGGAGUGCUAAAUCGUCUGAGUGGAACGCGGUCACAUGUGUCGCCCACGUACGGUCCUCUCUGAUAGAAACAUCAUAAAAAGCAGCGAGGAAUUGAAUUUCCCAUCACCAUCUUCCGUGAAAGCCUAGAAAACAUAGCGCCUCAGCAAAGGCGAGAAAACUUUUGCCAUCCCAUCUAACUAAAACGGUCACCCACCCAUCAAGGUCUGGAAGAAGUUGAUACUCAAAUUGUUUACAUGUCUUGGGAUUGAGUGAGAAAGAUGAGAGUUUUCAUGCCUGCAGACAAGUCCAUAGGGUGUUUGUGCAGUUCAAAGCCAAUCUACUAUUGACCUCUCUCCUCCGCCAACUACCACUACUACUACUACUACUACUACUACUACUACUACUACUACUACUACUACUACUACUACUACUACUACUACUACUACUACUACUACUACCUCUUUCUCGAACUCGUCGCUCCGAGUCCCUACAUCCACACCCUAGGGAUGAUCCAUUCCACCUGGUGACCGACUCAAGAGUUCGGACAUGAACAGUGACGGGGGUCAUCAGCUAGCAGCCGGCUCCAACGAAAAGCUUUUGCCUUCUGCCCCGACGUCCGCCUCCCCGUAUCCUCCAGACAUCGACAUGGACAAGCCAACCAUAGCCGAGGUCCGGAUGGCACGCCAACAGAAGAACAUGGCGCCGCCUGACGAUGCUCAGAACAAUUACGAAAUACAAGCAGUCACGACCUUACCCCACAAGAGGACCGAGGACAUCUCGAGGUUCGGCACCAUGCUCUUGUCUGCCAUAUCCUUCCUCCUGGUCCUGGUCACACUGCCAUUUUCGUUGUGCUAUUGUGUUAAAGUGGUCCAAGAGUACGAAAGGGCGGUCAUUUUCAGAUUAGGUCGAUUAAAGAAAGGCGGGGCCUCGGGGCCAGGUCUUUUCUUUAUCCUACCCUGCAUUGAUAACUACAGAUGUGUUGAUCUCAGAACGGUGUCGUAUGAGGUGCCUCCCCAAGAGAUGUUGUCCCGAGAUUCAGUGACAGUGUCGGUAGAUGCCGUGUGCUUCUACAAAAUAUCCAAUCCUCUUGCUGCCGUCUGUAAUGUAGGAAACUACACGCACUCCACAAACUUGCUGGUAGCCACUUCGCUCCGGAAUGUGUUGGGUACAAAGACCCUGGCCGAGAUCCUCUCUGAGCGUGAGACGAUCUGCCAUGUGAUGGAGCACAUCCUUGACGAGGCCACACGGCCGUGGGGUGUUAAGGUGGAGCGUGUGGAGAUCAAGGAUGUGAGGGUGCCCGUGCAACUUCAACGGGCCAUGGCCGCAGAGGCCGAAGCGGCUCGAGAGGCUCGAGCUAAGGUCGUCGCCGCCGAGGGAGAACAAAAGGCCUCCAAACAUUUGAAGGAGGCUGCCCUGGUACUGGAAGAGAGUACCUCAGCCCUUCAACUCCGUUAUCUGCAGACCCUUAAUGCAAUAUCUACUGAACAGAGCUCAACAAUCGUGUUCCCAUUCCCCAUCGACAGUCUGUCCCUCUCCAUGGGGGUAGGGAAGGACAAGAAGCAAAAAUGAUCCGUGUCCGCGUCAUCGGCAAAGUCUAAAUUCAUCUCACAUCAACCACUCAUUAAACCAACCGCUCCUCCAACGGAGCAACAAUCUCCAUCUCCCCCAUCCAAGGAAUCGGAUAUCCUCACGGCCACCUUCGACUUCCCCCCGCCUCCUCCAUCACUGCUCAUUGAUGACUCGUCUUCAGUUACCUUGCCCAUGAUGGCGCCUAACAACACCAUCCCCGAAGAAGUCAUGACGGGCACGGGCAACGGGCUGGCACGCCGCAGUCUCACCGGCAGUGGAGGAUCUGAUCCGGGUACGGAUGAUCGCCAGCCACUUCUGGAUGUUGUCGGUGACAAUGUCAGUCAUACCAGCAGUAGUGGUGGUACCACCGGCGAACAGCAGGACAAGGAUAUUCCGGAAGAAAUCACGGUUCGGCCGCCAGUGAUGUUUAAGGAUCCAUCACUCAAAAAAUUGGAAUGAGCUGACUCUAACCAGGCUACAACUCCUGCCCACUCUUCUGCUCCUCGUUCUCUCUUCCUCUUGCUCGUUCACCUCUCAGUUCGCCCAGGCACUUCCAUGACAACGUGCUUAGCCGCAAUCUUGCUCUCUUUUUCUUCGGAGUCCUCUUUUGACCUCUGUUUGAUGUUCGUAUCAUAGGAAGCCAGGCAACAAUGAGACAAUACUUGGUAACGAACCAAACCCUUUCUCUUUGCUCUGAUUUUUUCCUUGACCAACGAACUUUUUGCCUUCGUCUUUCUACCAAAAAAACUGACGCAAUUGUUGAAAAGUAUGAGGAGCAAUGUCAAUCUUUGCUGAUAAACUCGGAUUUAAUUCAUUCUGCCGUCUGUCGAAUCUGCUCCUGCUCUGUCUGCGUCUUGGAGUGUUUGAGUGUGUUUGUGUGUGGUCACUUUUCCUCCGUCGCUGUCCCCCCCAAAAUUUUUUGACUGUAAGUGUGUGUGUGUGUGUGUGCGUUUGUCGGGGGUAAAACAGAAGCCUUGUGAGAGAGUCUCUUUCUUUCUGUCUCUGUCUCUCUCUGAGAGCACACGAAAGACUCUGUGCAUCCGGAAAUAUGUCGAGGACAGAAGAAGCCAAGGAGGUUAUGCGUUGCCGGCCUCGAAGAAACUUUUUCCCCUCUUCCUCUGCUUUUUGGUCUAGUUUGUUUCAUUGGGCUCUUGCGGUGACUACAAAUGUGGAGAGGCAAGCGAAAUGUCAAAGUUAGCCAAAACAAUGGACGAGGAAGAUACAUGAAAGGGAGAUGCGCAUAAAAAAAGUUACCCCAGGUCCUCCCAUUCCACCACUUCCUAUCACUACAACAAGCAAGCUAACUCAUCUACAGUAGUACAUGUGGAGAGUGGAGCCAUCCAAUGUUUCAUGCGAGUGGACGCCCUUGAAGAACCCCAUCGUCAAUCAUGAGAAGCCAUACCAUCGGGGCUCAUUCCCGGAUUAAUAAUUACUCUCCUGGGUGAGAUUUACUGACGUUUCCACAUCUCCAUGCCAUUCCAAGAAGGGCCCAUGCUCACCCAAAAAAGAAAUGGGCACGAACGAAAGAGGAAGAAGGGGUUCUUUUAUCAACUUUCCUUUCUCAAUGUGUUCAAAGGCGAAGGAAAGAACCAACGAACGAAAUAUAGUCAAAGGGAGAGACACAGUGAGACGGUGAAAGAACAGCUUAGUAAAGAGAGAGAUCUAGCAAGGGAGUCAACCAACGGUGAAUCUUCUCGUUGACAUUCUCUCUCGCAAACAGAGAUUCAGCCUUGUGUGUGUGGAAACCACCCAAACCACUACACGAACGCACCAAUGAAGCCAGCCAACCAACCUCGGAUUGAACCACCACCGCCAAAAUGUUACUGUGUUGCAAUGUCUUUUAAUCCUCUGUUUCCAAACGUCAAAUUUUCCAUUUCAUAUGUUGCCCUCGUUCAACCGCUAAAUUUCAUGGGUUCAAUAUGAUAUAUUGCCUUAUGAACAGGAAAAUACUUGAAAUUGAUUGCCAUGUUCUCAAAUGUGAGCAACAACGCCUCUCAGCAACUCUUGCUAUUCCCUUUUGCAAUGUCUGUGGAUAAAAACGAGCUAGAAUAACUUUAACAUCUGUGGUGCAGAGUAAGUCUGUGAGCGAAGCCAAGAUCCUUCUUUAUAAUAAACUUUAUUCAUGUGAGAGACCCCUCACCCCCAUGCCCCUCCCCCAGUGACCAGUUUGGUAUUAGUGAGUGUUACCAAAACUGUAGUCUAAAAAAAUGUGAGUGAAUGCCGAUGACGCGUAAAAGCAGGUGUGGAAAGCCUGAAAUACCAAUACCAACAAGAACAAGAAUAGCAACAAGUGUUCGAAAUCACUGAAAUCAACCCCAGAAAUUAUUAUCAUCGCCACUAUUAUCAUUAUUAUUAUUAUUAUCAUCAUCAUCAAUUGGAUCUUGAAGGCCGUUGUCUAUGAAGGGUUGAAAACAAAUUCCCCAGGGCCAAAGUGGACCAGGAUUCUCUACUAAACAAGAGCUUCUUCAUUUAUUGCAUACAUGUAUCCAGUUCUCAAUUUGAAGGUUAUAUAAUUUGUUGUCAAUCACAUUAGAUGUAAUCUAGAUGAACUUCAACAUGACUAUUAUGAUCGUCAUAAUUAUGAUUACUACUAUCAUUAUUAUCAUUAUUACAAGUACUUCUAUCACCAACAGCAAAAGCUCCUACAACUCCUACGAUUAUCAUCAUACUUACCAUCAUCAAGAUCAUCAACAACAUUAUCCAUAUGAAUCAUUUGUGCAGAAAAGAAAGCAAUUUGUCAAUUUAGCCAGGCUGACAAUACUAAGCAAAUAAUCUGUAAACACCACCAAGAAACAAUAUUAAUAAAAUAUUUCUUCUAUUUGA